UUCUACUGAAGAAAUGUCAAUGGAUAUGAGUUACAAUGCAUUUAUUUGAGGAAUUUGGACUGAUUUAGGAGAAACGGUGGUGACAGAAAAGAAAAAGACUCAUUUUUAUCGUUGCAUAUUGCUGGCUUGAAUACAUUUGUCAGAGCUAUGGUGUCCGGGGCUGUGAUCCUGUCAGUCUACAUCCUUACCUUUUUGAUUGGCCUCCCGGCAAACACACUCGCCUUGUACACCUUCAUCAAGAAGCUUCGUGACAAACCCACACCCACUGACUUCCUCCUGCUCAAUCUGACCAUAUCGGACCUUCUUUUCCUGCUCUUCCUGCCUUUCAAGAUGUACGAGGUAGCAUCUGAAAUGCGCUGGCUCCUCCCUAGUUACUUGUGUCCUCUCACCACGUUCAUAUUCUUCUCCACCAUCUAUACCAGCUCGCUGCUGCUGAUGGCUGUUAGUGUUGACCGCUACCUGUGUGUGGCAUUCCCAGUCAAGUAUAAGAUCCAUCAGAAGCCUAUAUAUGGAGUCAUCUGCAGCAUCUUUGUCUGGAUCACUACGUCAACCCAUCUCUGCUUUGUAUACAUUGUGGAUCACCUGACUGGGGAUGAUAGCCAUGGCCAUGACUGCUACAACAACUUUACUCAGUCCCAGCUGGACGUAGUAUUGCCCAUGCGCCUGGAGCUAUGCCUCGUUCUCUACUUUCUCCCACUCAUCGUUUGCACCUUCUGCUACACAAGAUUCAUCCUCAUUCUCAGGCGCACUGCCAGCCUCAAUGAGGGGAAGAGACGGAGGGCCGUUGGCAUGGCCAUGGGAACACUGCUGGUCUUUGUGGUCUGUUUCCUGCCUUACAACACCACACAUAUCCUGGGCUACAUCAUUGAGGACAAUGUGACCUGGAGAUCCGAUGCUUUGCUUCUCACCACCGUCAACACAGUCUUCGACCCAAUCACUUUUUAUUUCUCCUCAGCUGCCUUUCAGGGAAAUCUGAAGGCUCUCCUAAGACCCAGGACUAAGACUGCUUACACUGGCGAUGGGAUAGAAAAUGUCUGUACUACACAGAAUCGAGUGAGACAAGGCAACCAGUCUGAAAAUAUACAAGAUAAUGAUGCUAGUGAAUUGCAAUGUCCACAGGGAGUUUGAUCUUCUGCAAACCUCUGAGUACCAAAUUAGGGGGUCUUACAAGACCUUCACAGUUUGUAGACAGAAUAGCAGAAUCCACAUGAAUAAGUAUCUUUACUUUGUUUGGUAACAAAAUUUGUUUGAGGCAAGUUCCAGUGAGGCCAACUAGUUGGUGCCAAAUUUGGUAAUCAGUGGCAUCCAAAUUUAGCACAUCUUAGGGGCAAGAUGAGUCAAUCUGGCACUCCUGAGAUCAUGAACCUCACAAAGUUGUAAUUUAUGUCACUCUGCCAUUCUGACCUUAUUGUCUGAUGACUUAUUCCAUUUUAUUGAUCUAUUUACAUUGGGACAAAGCCAGAGCAAGUCUUCAGCCCUUCAACCCACAAUGUUUGUUUCUAGCUGCAUAAAUCCUUUAUUGGAGUCAAUAAAUCCAGUUUUUGCUAUCUAAGGUUAUGCAGGGGCUACGAAGUAUAAGGUUAUUUUGCAGGGCCAAAGGUUGAACUCUGUGGUGCAAAUUUCACUCCCUCAUCAUGUUCCCAUGUUUUAUAACCCUCAACUUUCAUCAACACCAAGACGAAAACACCUUUCACGGCCUCCACAAUCAGAUGAUCUAAAUGUCAUAUUCAGGGCUGUGUCUGUCCCUUGUGAGCUCUAAGCAACAUCCUCCCUUGUGGUCAAUGAAGAGAUAAAAUUACCUUCCUGAGGGAAACUGACGCAAUAGCAGCACCUUGUCAGAAAUAGGUUUAAAAGGUUUUGACUGUUAGGAAAUGGUGUGACCAAGUAUGGGCUUUUUUAUUGGUUUAUUUAAAUUCUUCUUUUUUUUACUAACUUUUGUCAUUAAAUAUGUAUUGUGCAACAGCCCUGUGAGGAACAUGGAAUGAGAAUACAACAUUAUGCAAAAGAGGGCUGAGUAAACAAUGCAACCAAAUAAAACCAAAGCAAAAUGAAACAUCAUUUGUCCAUGUAAAAUAUCUUAACUGAUAUCUUUGCUGUCCAAGAGCCUUGGUUUCAGUA